UAUUGCCGGUGUCUGUGCCAGCGGAACCCUAAAGAUCAUAACAUGAUCAUAACAGAUUGCGUGGAAUCAGUUUGUUUGCGUUGCACGACAGAUAUAGUUUUAUCAGUUUAUUGUAAUAAGAGCGAGUUCUGUGUAGUAUUUUUUUGGUAUAGACCAAAGUGCAGCUAUGAGUGGAGUCAACUACGCGGCCAUUUUGCAUGGUCCUAAUGAUGUUAGAAUUGAAAAAUGGCCAAUGCCGGAGAUCAAUGACAAUGAGGUUCUGAUAAAGAUGGAGUGCGUGGGCGUAUGCGGGUCGGAUGUGAAGCUGUGGUCCACGGGCAAGUGUGGCUGGGACGUGGUCACGGAGCCCAUAGUCAUGGGCCAUGAAGGUGCAGGGGUUGUGGCCAAGGUCGGAGCCAACGUUCGCGACCUUAGCGUCGGAGACAGAGUAGCCAUCGAACCGACGCAACCCUGCCGUGCCUGCACAUUUUGCCGCACUGGCCGCUACAAUCUCUGCCCUGAGCCACACUAUUGCUCCUCGCUCGGCGCUGAUGGGAACCUAGCGACGUACUACAAGCACCUUCCGGAUUACUGCCACAAAAUGCCCGCUAACUUGUCUAUGGAAGAAGGCGCCGCAGUGCAGCCGCUAGCGAUCGCCAUCCACGCGUGCAACCGCGCGGGCAUCCGGCUCGGACACAGCGUCGCCAUCUUUGGCUCGGGGCCUGUUGGUUUGCUGUGUGCUAUGGCGGCACGGGCGAUGGGGGCUAGCAAGAUCCUCAUGACCGAUGUAACCCCAAAAAGGCUGGAAGUGGUUAAAGCACUGGCCGCAGACCACACUCUGCUAGUGGAAAGCUCAUUUACCGACCAAGAAACGGUGGAUAAAAUAGAGGCGUUGCUUGGCGGCCGACCUGACGUCAGUAUCGACGCGUGCGCGUUCCCGUCUGCCACGAGAACUGCUAUGCUGGUGACGGCGACGGGCGGCGUAGUGCUAAUAGUAGGCAUAGGCGGCGCUAGUGUCGAGGUGCCGCUCAGCAACACUAUGUUGAGAGAAGUGGAUAUUCGUGGUUCCUACCGGAUCGCUAAUACGUACCCCGCCGCUAUAUCGGCAGUGUCGAGCGGAGCCAUCGACCUAAAGAAGUUCAUAACACACCACGUGCCGCUGGCCGACACGCAGAGAGCUCUGCAACUAGCGCAGAGCGGGGAGGGCAUGAAAGUCAUCGUUCAUGUGCAAAAGUAACGAUAUCAAGAACGAUCUCGGUUUUGAUUUCAAACAACGUUACAAUUUUAUCAACUUAUCAAGGAACUGGCGAAGCGUGUUAUUGAUGCUACGGGUGACCAGAGGGCUGGUUCCUUUCUUGCCCAGCGGAUAAGCAUCGCGAUCCAACGUGGCAAUGCUACCAGCCUGUUGUGCACCCUACUAUAUUUUUAUGUACAUAUUAUUUAUUCGAUGUUAUAUUAAGUUUAGUAGUUUGUCCUUUUUAUGUUUUUAUACAUUUUAUCAACCAGUUUAUUUUCCUAAUUAGGCGACGAUUUUUCAGGAAGGUGCGAAACAUUGCUAGUAUUUUUGUAAUAAAAGAUUGAAUUAUAAAUUAUUUAAAAUUAUUUAUUCGAUCAUACUUAAAACUAAGAAACAUUGGCAUUUUUAAUUAUUAUCAUCGACAGAAACGAUUGCAAAAGAAUUUUAUUAAUAACAUUAAAAAUGAGUAGGUACUUAUUGAGCUGUAUAACAUC